UUCAAUGGUUGACAAUUGACUUUUGUCAGCUGUGCAGGUAAUUUAAACGGUCGGAAUUUUGUUGCGUGUGGGAAAUUCAAUUUUCUUCGUUUAUAAUAACAAAAUUAAGCAUUUGUUUAUUUGACAUAGACGCAUAGUAGUGUGCUUAAUCUACAGCAAGUGAAAUAAGGCUAAGUUUUUGUUUAUUUAAGUGCUAAUUAGCACUGGCGUGAGCCUUUGCCUGAAAAUUGAAAGUCAUCCCCAAGAAGAGAGACCCAAAUUAAAACGUAAUUUGCGGAUAGAAAACAUGAUUUAAAUAUUACGAGCCUUCGCCGGAAAAUUGAAAGUCAUCCCCAAGAAGAGAGACCGAAAUUAAAACGGGAUUUGCGGAUAGAAAACAUGAUUUAAAUAUUACGUUUGGAAUCUUUUGUAUGUGUACAUAUGCAUAUAGAAGUGAAACUUGGAGGAAAAUAAUAAACGCAGAUUUUCAACACAACUGUAACAAACAAAACUAUCUGAAAGAUGCUCUAUUGUCCGCCGAAUGUAACCUUUUCACAAAUUUGGAUUAACAAUGGCAUUUCGCAUUGCUUUAUGGACACUGUUGGAAAUGCGGUGGCGAGUGGUUUUAUGCUGCUCAUGGGUACAGUGCAACUAUUGAUGUAUCGGAAAUAUGCCACACGCAAUGAUCCCACGCAUAUCACCAAAUCACGACUCUACGCUUUACAACUCUUCCUGUUGUUCUUCUUUCCAAUGUUGGCAUUGCUUAGAUUUUUCUUGAAUGCACGCAUCUACCAUGAUCAUGCGGUUUAUGGUUAUAUGAUACUAUCAACGUUGCUAGUUUGCAUAUCCUAUCCCUUCUCGGUUUGUAUCAUAGUAAAGGAGCGCUUCUAUCAGCUGCCAUCGUUACCAACUCGUGGUCAUGGCCUUAUAUUGUUGCUCUUUUGGACUUUGGGUUUCAUCAAUGAAUCGUUAGCGUUCAUAAAUCUGAGGCAUGAAGACUGGUGGUUCUCACUGAAAACCAAUAAAGACCAAAUAGAGAUGAGCCUGUUCGUUACCCGCUUCAUCACAUCGCUACUAAUCUUUAUACUGGGUCUUAAAGCACCUGGUAUUAUGCGCCCUUAUGUGCACAUCGAUGAGCCAUCAUCCACUGAGAACAUCAACAACGCCAGUAAUAUUCCGCAAGGAUCAGCUUUUCGCAAUGCUUUCAAGAAAUUGGCGAAACUAUUUCCAUACAUGUGGCCAAAGAAAGAUACUUUGUUGCAAAUAACUGUUGUUGCCUGCAUAAUGCUGUUAAUAUUUGGACGCGUUAUUAAACUAUUUUUACCAAUUUAUCGAAAGAAGUUGGUUGACAGUCUUACCAUACCGCCGAUUAUCUUCCGCUGGGAUUUCGUACUGAUCUAUGUCGCCUUAUCCUUUGUGCAGGGUGGUGGCACAGGCACCAUGGGUCUCUUCAAUAACUUGCGCUCCUUUCUGUGGAUACGUGUGCAACAGUAUACGACGAGGGAAAUUGAAGUCGAUUUGUUUAGCCAUUUGCAUCAGCUUUCGUUGCGUUGGCAUUUGCAGCGCAAAACCGGCGAAGUUUUGCGUGUUAUGGAUCGUGGCACAGAUUCCAUUAAUAAUUUAUUAAAUUACAUUAUAUUUUCAAUUGCGCCUACAAUUAUCGAUUUGCUUGUGGCUGUGAUUUUCUUCAUAUACGCCUUCAAUUGGUGGUUUGGAAUGAUUGUAUUCCUCACAAUGUUCCUGUAUAUUUUGGCCACGAUUCUUGUUACAGAAUGGCGCACCAAGUUCCAACGUCGCAUGAAUUUAGCAGAUAAUGAGCAGCGCGCACGCAGCGUUGAUUCGCUGUUAAAUUUUGAAACUGUAAAAUACUAUGGUGCCGAACAGUAUGAAGUUGAAGAAUACCGCCAGGCCAUUUUGAAAUAUCAGAAAGAAGAAUUCCUCUCCAUGUUAACGCUCAACAUGCUCAACACUUCGCAAAAUAUUAUACUUUGCCUUGGGUUGCUUUCUGGCUCGAUGCUUUGUGUAUACCUUGUCGUACAUCAUCAAACGCUCACUGUCGGUGAUUUCGUGCUGUUCUUCACCUAUCUAAUGGAUUUGUAUAUGCCGCUUAAUUGGUUUGGCACGUACUACAGAGCAAUACAAAAGAAUUUUGUCGAUAUGGAGAAUAUGUUUGACUUGCUGAAGGAAGAUCAGGAGGUGUUUGAUGCGCCGGGUGCUGCACCGCUUAUAACCGCCGGCGCUGGCAUUGAAUUCUCUAAUGUUACAUUUGGCUAUACACCGGAAAAGAUUGUAUUGCGCAAUGUUAGUUUUACUGUGCCUGCUGGUAAAACCGUUGCGAUUGUGGGACCUUCCGGUGCGGGUAAAAGCACUAUUGUGCGUUUACUUUUCCGCUUCUAUGAUGUGCAAUCUGGCGCAGUGCUAAUCGAUGGACAGAAUAUCAAAUUAGUGCAGCAGCAGAGUUUGAGAAAGGCAAUUGGUGUGGUACCACAGGACACCGUACUCUUCAACAACACCAUUUACUACAACAUUGAGUAUGGCAAAAUUGGCGCACGUGCCGAUGAGGUUUACGAGGCGGCUCGCUUGGCCGACAUACAUGAACGCAUUCUUGGCUUCCCUGAUCGCUAUGAAACCAAGGUGGGCGAACGCGGUUUGCGCUUGAGCGGCGGUGAGAAACAACGUGUCGCUAUAGCGCGUACUUUGCUCAAGGCGCCAGUGUUGGUGCUACUCGAUGAGGCUACGUCAGCGCUUGACACUAACACCGAACGCAAUAUUCAAGCGGCAUUGUCGCGCGUCUGCGCCAAUCGCACGACAAUUGUAAUUGCACAUCGUCUUUCCACAAUCAUAAAUGCCGACGAGAUACUCGUGCUAAAAGAUGGCACCAUCGCAGAACGUGGACGUCAUGAAGAUCUUUUGCAGCGCAAGGAUGGUAUCUAUGCAGAGAUGUGGAUGCAACAGCUCAAGAACUUGGAAGGUAAUAAGGAGAAUGAGGCAAAUGGUAGUGCGACGGCUAAACCACCGACGGAUGGUGGUGGCGCCUUUUUACGCACCGGUCAUGCACAUGGUGGCGCUCGCUGAAGUCGCUAGACAAUUUUGCAAGUGCUUAUAAAUUAUUAUGUAUAUACUUUAUUUCUUGGCUGACAUACGAAAGACGCAAUAUUUUAGGGAAAAGCUAUUUAUGUAUGUAACUAGAACUGUUAUGAAUGGUGUAGUGGUAUGUUAUGGAACUGUAUGCGAAAAUUGCAGUUUGUGGUUUGUACAAUGAAACAUUUUAGAGAUAUGUAUUAGGAUGCUACUUAGAAAAGAAUAAAAUAAAAACAAAACUCGUAAAAGAAAA